AAUCAGCAUCAGCAGCAGCAUCAGCAGCAGCAUCAGCAGCAGCAGGGGUCCCGCCAGACAGCAGCGCCAGAAGCGGUGCCGCCAGCCAGCAGCGGUCCAGCCAGCCAGCAGCGGUCCCGCCAGUCAGCAAUGGUCCAGCCAGCAGCAGCAGCAGCAGGAGUUGUGGUCCAGCCAGCCAGCAGCAGUCCCGCCAGUCAGCAGCGGUUCAGCCAGCAGCAGCAGCAGCAGCAGCAGGAGUUGUGGUCCGGCCAGCCAGCAGCAGUCCAGCCAGGAACAGCAUCACCAGCAGCAGCGGUCCUGCCACAGCAGCAGCAGCAGCAGCAGCAGCAGUUGCGGUCCGGCCAGCCAGCAGCGGUAAAGCCAGAAGCAGCAUCAGCAGCAGCAGUUGUGGUCCCGCCAGCCAUGCAGCGGUCCAGCUACCAACAGCAGCAGCAGCAGUUGUGGUCCACCCAGCAAGCAGCGGUCCAGCCAGCAGCAGCAUCAGGAGCGGCAGCGGUCGCGCCAGCCAGCAGCGGUCCAGCCACCACAGCAGUACCGCCACCAGUAGCUGUGCAGCCAGCAGCAGCAGCAUCAUCAGCAGUAGCAGUGAUCCUGCCAGCCAGCAGCAGUCCAGCUAGCACCAGAAGCAGCAGCAGUUGUGGUCCGGCCAGCCAGCAUUGGUCCAGCCAGCAGCACCAUCAGCAGCAGCUGCGGUCUCGCCAGCCGUCAGGGGUCCCACCAGCCAGCAACGGUGCAGCCAACAGCAGCAGCAGCAGUGGUCCCGCCAGCCAGCAGUGGUCCCGCCAGCCAGCAGUGGUCCAGCCAGCAGCAGCAGCAGCAGCAGCAGUGGUCCCGCCGGGCCAGCAGCGGUCCAGCCAGCAGCAGCAGUGGUCCCGCCAGCCAGCAGCGGUCCAGCCAGCAGCAGCAGCAGCAUCAGCAGCAGCAGCAGUUGUAGUCCAGUCAGCCAGCUGCGGUCCCGCCACCACACCAGUCCAGCUAGCACCAGAAGCAGCAGCAGUUGUGGUCCAGCCAGCAGCGGCGGCCCCACCAACUAGCAGUGGUUCAGCUAGCAGCAACAGCAGCAGCAACAGUUGUUGUCUGGCCAGCCAGCAUUGGUCCAGCCAGCAGCAGCAUCAGCAGCAGCUGCGCUCCCUCCAGCCAGCAGGGGUCCCACCAGCCAGCAGCGGUGUAGCCAGCAGCAGUGGUCCCGCCAGCCAGCAGCGGUCCUGCCAGACAGCAGUGGCAGCAGCGUAUGCACCAGCCAGCAGCAGUCCAGCAGGCAGCAGUGAUCCCUCCAGCCAACAGCGGUUCACCCAGCAGCAGCAGCAGAAUCAGCAGCACCGGUCCCGCCAGCCAGCAGCGCAGCAGCAGCAGCAGCAGCAGGAGUUGUGGUCCCACCAGCCAGCAGCGGUACAGCUAGCAGCACCAGCAGCAGCAGCAGCAGCAGCAGCAGUUGUGGUCCGGCCAGCCAGCAUUGGUCCAGACAGCAGCAGCAUCAGCAGCAGGUGCGGUCCCGCCAGCCCGCAGCGGUCCCACCAGCCAGGAGGGGUGCAGCCAGCAGCAACAGCAGCAAUGGUCCCGCCAGCUAGCGGUGGUCCCGCCAGCCAGCAGUGGUCCAGCCAUAAGCAGUAUCAGCAGCAGCAGCGGUUCCGCCAGCCAGCAGCGGUCAAGCUUGCUGCAGCAGCAGCGGUCCCUCCAGCAAGCAGUGGUUCCAACAGCCAGCAGUGGUCGGUGCAGCUAGCAGCAGCAUCAGCAGCAGCAGCAUUAGCAAAACCAGCUGUUGUGGUCCAGCCAGCCAGCAGCGGUCCAGCCAGCAGCAGCAUCAGCAGCAGCAAGGGUCCCACCAUCCAGCAGGGGUCCUGCCAGCAGCAGCAGCAGCGGUCCUGCCAGCCAGCAGCGGUCCCGCCAUACAGUACUGGUCCAGCCAGCAGCAGCAUCAGCAGUAGCAGCGGUCCCACCAGCCAGCAGCAGUCCACCACCAGCGGACGCACCAGCCAGCAGCAGUCCAGCAGGCAGCAACAGCAGCAGCAUCAGCAGCAGCAGAGAUCCCGCCAGCCAACAGCGGUCCAGAUUGCAGCAGCAGUCGAAGCAGCCUUUGUGAUCCAGCCAGCUAGCAGCGUUCCAGCCAGCAGCAGCAUCAGCAGCAGCAGUGGUCCCUCCAGCCAGCAGUGGUUCACCCAGCAGCAGCAGCAGAAGCACCAGCAGCAGCAUCAGCAGCAGCUGCCUUCUUGCCAGCCAGCAGGGGUCCUGCAUGCCAGCAGUGGUCCAGCCAGCAGCAGCAUCAGCAGUAGCAGCGGCCCCACCAGCCAGCAGCAGCGGCACCGCCAGCAGUGGUCCCGCUAUACAGCAUGGGUCCAGCCAGCAGCAGGGUCACCAGUAGCAGCGGUCCUGCCAGCCAGCAACGUUCCAGCUAGCAGCAGCAGCAGCAGCAGUUGUUGUCCGGCCAGCCAGCAGCGGUCCCUCCAGCCAGCAGCGGUCCAGUUUGCAGCAGCAGCAGCAGUUGUGGUCCGCAGCGGUCCAGCCAGCAGCAGCAUCAGCAGCAGCAGCGCCAGCAGCAGCAGCAGCAGCAGCUGCGGUCUUGCCAACCAGCAGGGGUCCCACCAGCCAGCAUCAGUCCCGCCAUCCAGCAGUGGUCCAGCCAGCAGCAGCAUCAGCAGCAGCAGUGGUAGCAGCAGCGGCGACCCCGUCCAUGGCAGCAGUAGCAUCGGCGUUCUAGCCAGCAGUCGCCAGCGCCAGCAGCGUGGGACGUCCUGCAGCGGCGGUCAAGCUAGCACCUGCAGCAGCUGCAGCAGCAGUUGUGGUGCGGCCAGCCAGCAGCAAUUCAGCCAGCAGCAGCAGCAGCAGCAGCGGUCACUCCAUCUAGUAGCGGUCCCAACAGCCAGCAGUUGUCCAGCUAGCAGCAGCAUCAGCAGCAGCAGCAGUCCUGCCAGCCAGCAGUGGUCCAGGCAGCAGCAGCAUCAGCAGCAGCAGUGGUCCCGCCAGCCAGCAGUGGUCCCGACAGCCAGCAGCAGUCCAGCCAGCAGCAGCAGCAACAGCAGAAGUUGUGGCCCAGCCAGCCAGCAACGGUCCAGCCAGCAGCAGCAUCAGCAGCAGCAGUGGUCCCGCCAGUCAGCAGAGGUCCAGCCAGCAGCAGCAUCGGCAGCAGCAGCGGUCCCACUAGCCUGCAGCAGACCCGCCAGUCAGCUGCAGUCUAGCCAGCUGCAGAAGCAGCAGCAGUUGUGGUCUGACCAGCCAGCAGCUGUCUAG